AUGUCUUCCCUCACUAAUUAUAUUGCUUUUCUCGCCAGUAAUGCAGUCAGCACUGGGGUGUCGCGCAUUGGCCACUAUGACGAGGCCAGCGACACCAUCCACCCGCUGUCAUUCGUCUCUGGCACGCCGAUCUCAACGCUUUACCAAGUGAUUGAAGCAGGCGAACAUAAUAUCGUUGCCUCUAGAGGCGAGGAACCCCUGCCACUAUCGAAAGUCAAAAUCCUCCCCCCGAUCGACGGUCGCGAUAUUCUGGCGGUGGGGAAGAACUACUCCGAGCAUGCAAAGGAGUUCAACCAGUCGGGAUAUGACAGCUCCGACAAGGUCGAUCAGCCCUCUUGUCCAGUCAUCUUCACUAAACGAGCAACCUCAAUCAUCGCCACGGGGGAGGACAUCUACCCGCAUGCAGAGUUCACCCAGACAGCGGACUACGAGGGUGAAAUCGGUGUGAUCAUUGGAAAGCCGGGGUAUCGCAUCACCGAAGCGGAUGCGCUGGAUCAUGUCUGGGGAUACACCAUUGUCAAUGACAUGACCGCGCGAGAGCGCCAGAGAGACCACAAGCAGUUUUUCAUCGGAAAGUCGCCGGACACAUAUUGCCCAAUUGGCCCCCUCGCUGUUCCUGCGUCGUAUUUACCGAAGAAACUGCAGGUCAAAACACAUGUCAAUGGUGAACUUCGCCAGGAUGCGACGACGGACGAUUUGAUUUUUUCGAUCCCUACGCUGAUCAAGACGAUUUCCGAAGGCCAGACGCUGCAGCCCGGUGAUGUUAUUGCCACCGGAACUCCCGCCGGUGUUGGUAUUGGGAAAACUCCACCUGUCUUCUUAAAGCCUGGAGACGAAGUCGCCGUCUCAGUCUCCGGUUUGGGCACACUCCGAAACCGUAUCGCAUCUCAGUCGGCGGUCAAUACGACCGUAAACAGGAUACAGAAACAAUCACACAUUCACCUGACAAAUUGGUCUAAAUCGAUCAAUGGCACCGGACUAGUGGAUAUUGGUGGGAAACUGUUGAAUUACAAACACCUCGGUCGCAACGACGGCCCCCCUAUUGUUUUUGUUCACGGUCUUGGUGGAACAGUGGACUACUGGACGCCACUAGUCUCAGCGAACAAACUGGCAGAAACUUAUUCGCUUCAUUUGUUCGACCUAGAAGGACAUGGGCUGUCACCUACGUCACCGCUCAGCGUUCUGAGUAUUUCGUCGUUUGCAGAGGAUAUAAAGGACGUUGUUCAGCAUGCCAACCUGUCAUCAGGGAUCACGCUUGUCGCACACUCCAUGGGCUGUCUCGUCGCACUAGCUUUUGUUCUCGCAAACCCGGGAAAAGUCAGCAAACUCAUCCUAGUUGGCCCUCCUCCUUCGCCUCUGCCAGUUGCCGCCAGCCAAGGCUCGUACGCACGCGCGGCGACAGUACGAUCACAAGGCAUGUCUGCAGUUGUUGACGCGGUAACUACUGCCGGCACCUCGGACAAUACCAAAAAGAAUAACGCUGUUGCGUUGACAGCAGUUCGACUUUCCUUAUUGGGCCAGGACCCAGAGGGCUAUGCAAAGGCAUGCACUGCCCUUGCAGGUGCCACAAAUACACUUGAUAUCAACCAAGUGGAUGCUGAGACUCUUAUCAUCACCGGUGACGAGGACAAAGUUUCUCCCCCAGCGCUAUGCGAGAAGUACAAGUCCACCAUCCCUAGAUGCACGGUUGAAGUUUUGCCCCAAACGGGUCAUUGGCAUCUUUUUGAGAACUUGGGGGGUGUAUCACGCGCUGUCCAAGGCUUUCUUUAA